AUGCAGAUCGGCCAGUGCGAUUCAUGUGUGCGUGGAUUUCGCCGGUGCAAGGCUUUCCGACGUAUUGACCGAGGAGCGGCCGAUCGUUGCGUGGACGGUGGCGCCGCCUGCGUUUGGCCCGCAGCGGCGACGGGUCACACCGCUCUCCUCCUGAGUGACGCGUUUCCUGGCAUUACACCACAUUUAGGCUGACCAGCACCGUGUGGUAAAGUUGAUGCGCUCAUGACCGCGAUGCAAGAUAGCCCGUUUUGACGUGCUUGACGGCUGACCGCGCGCGAAAAUUUGGCCAGAAACGGCAAAGCAGAGAAAAAGUUCACAAAAAGAGCCACCGUCGGCAGUAUUCGCACAUGAGUCACUGCGCGGUGUUGUCGCGAGCACUCUCGUUCGUUAAUCGCCCAAUAGAGCUUUAUGGCGCUGGAAAAGUGAUCGUACGGGAGGAAAGGCAUUUAUUAGAGCCUUGGCAGCGUUUUUUCCAGCCUGAAAUGCUUUUUAUACCGAGCUAGCGAGCGAAAAUACCGGACCGCAGCGCCCCCCGCGAGGCGCUCCUUCCGCGGCCGCGGUUAAUUGCAAAAAAGUAGUCCCACGCGUCGAAAAUUUAUGUCGGUUGCGGGUCGAUGCGCGGUGGUGUGUGCCAGUCGGACCAACUAUUUGAAGUGGAUUAUUGGAUCAAGUGGACAUCGACGGUGAUCGGUGACCCUGUGUGGACGAGACAAGCGUGCGGAGGGAUUCCGUUAUCCUUACUUUCCUUCUCACAGAUGUUCCCGCUUUCGAAGUGGCCAGAAUAAUAGUGUGCGUGCGGUUGAUAAGGCCAUGCCCGUGUAAGCAUCGUUUUGCGGCUUUCCAGGCCAACACACGUGGUGACUGUGGGCAUCAUCGGGGUCCGAGAUGCGCGGCGGACCUCCGGGAAGCCGGAUUACGUGCGCCGCGUGAGGAUGCGACCGUUCAGGGUGUGGGCUUAGUGGCAGUAUGGCAGCGCCAGCGCAGAGCCUGCUGAAUUGUGAACAAAAAACGGCAGACAGCGCGGAGCUGCCUCCUCCCGGAUCCGGCGGAGGACUCAAGAAUGGUGCUUCGGGCGAAGAGCUCAGCGCGGACGAAAUUCCGGCCGGUGUGAUGGUGAACAACCGAGUGAAAUCUCCGAGCAACGCCAGCGGACACAUCGGCCGAGAACUGACAAUGGAUAACUUCCAAGAUGGAGGUACCCACCAGCUGAAUGCUAGGCCUAGCGCUGUCGCCGGCGAUCCGGCCGCUUUUUCCGAUCGACAGCGAAUCGGUUCCGACUUCCGAACCUACAAUCCGAACAUGCGGGAUUCGUUGAUGGUAGGUGAGGACUUCCGGAACUCUCCGGAUAGCAUGAACCACGUUCCGGUGCCUGGUUACGGUACGGGGUAUGCGGAUCGGGGAGGCUACAUGGCGAGCCAACAUGGCGGCCCCAAUCUACCUGGGAACGCCAACGACCCUGCUCAGAGCAAGCUUUACCAGCAUUACAACCAGCAACACAUGAGGCCGGGAUAUCCGCAAGGCCCGCGGGCCGCUAUCGGGCCCAUGGGGGGACCGCAGCGGCCUGGCGCGGCCACCAUGAUGCCCUGCUAUCCGCCGAGCGCCAACGGCGGCGCGCCGCCGCCGCAGCGUUUCCUCACAGGACCGAGCCUGAGCCAGCAGGGUGGACCCACGCCCACGCUCAAUCAGCUGCUGCAGUCCCCGAACCCACUGCACCGCUACCAGAACAGCUACGGCGAGUACAACUCCAUGCACAAGGGCAUGGCGGACGUGGGACAGCAGUACUCGCCGUGGGCCGCCUCGCGUGGCUCUUACCCGCAGCAGAUCUCCGCGCCCAUGUACAGGCCGCCGGUCGGCGGCAGCAUGCACGAUCCUGGCGGUGGUGGCGGUGCAGUGCCUGCGAGUGGCGGUGCUGGUGCCAGCGGGGCCGCGAGCGCCGGUGGUCCGGCAGCCAAGCGGCCCUACAUGGGGCCGGCCCAGUAUACGCAGUACCAGCAGAGGCAGCCCUACCCGGGUCAGCCAAGGCCGCCUAGCCAGGGCUAUCCGCAGCAGCAGAUGCUACCUUACCCAACCGGUCCCCAGCCACCACCUGGGCAAGUGGGUGGCUCCCACCCACCCUCCCCUGCGCCAUCGCCUCACCAGCAGGAGAGGCCCACACCGCCGCCGCCGCAAGCCCAGGGUUCGGCGUCACCAUCUCGGGGUGGCGGCCCUGAUGGUCCUCCAUCUCGGCAGGGCACGCCGAACUCUCACCCGUCGGCUUAUGGAGGCUACCCACAGCCCGGGCCCCCGUCCUCGUCCUCCUCUUCGGCUGUGCCCACGUCAGCCGCACCGUCGUCGUCAUCUCUGUCUUCUUCUGUAUCAGUGGCCCCUACGUCUUCGUCAUCCUCGUCUUCUUCCAUGUCUUCAUCAGGUGCACCAGGACUUUCAGUGUCGCAGCAGCAGCAGCAGCAACAACAACAGCAGCAGCAACAACAGCAGCAACAGCAGCAGCAGCAGCAGCAACAGCAGCAGCAACAACAGCAGCAACAUCAACAGCAUCAGCAACAUCAGCAGCAGCAGCAGCAACAUCAACAGCAGCAGCAACAUCAACAGCAGCAGCAGCAACAACAGCAGCAGCAGCAGCAGCAACAUCAUCAGCAGCAACAUCAGUCGGAGCUGAGCGGUGGCGCCUCCGAGGACGAGCACGCCGGGGGCGCCCGCAGCCCCGCGGCGGGCCCGGGUCCCUUGCGGGGCGCCGCGGGCACGCCACCCGCCCCCCAGCAGUCGCCGCUGCGGCCGACGCCCUCGCCGGGGGCGGCACCACCCGGAGGGGGAGGGGGACCUCCGCCCCCGGGCUCGUCGGCGCGCUCCAUGUCGCCCGCCAUCGGUUCACAGUCAAACAUUCCUGUGCCUCCUCGACCCUCAUCAAGUCAUUCUGAGAGCAGUGCGCCAAAUCAUCUUUCUCAACCACAGCUGCCUCAGCAAGGGUACAACCAACAGAUGCAGGCAUCGUCAAUGUAUGCAGCCAAGAUGCAUCAAGGAAUCAUGUCAUCAUCUUAUCCCGGUCCCCACUAUCCUCAAAGCAGCUACCCUAGGCAACAAGGAGCCCUGGGCGCCAUGCCAGGCUACGGGCCCCCACAGGGUCCCGGCGGCUACCCAGCCGGGCGGAUGGGCUCACAGGGUGGCUACCCGUACGGCAACUCGCAGUACGGCGGCUACGGAGGUGCCAACAGCCUGAUGCCCCCACCACCAGGACCCCAGUACCCGAAGGCGGCGGGUGCAGCCUCUUCAAUGGGGGCAGUGCCCCCGCAGGCGCCCGGCGGGCCCACGCGCCCCAUGUACCUGCGCCAGCACCUUCAGCAGAAGAUGUACGGCUACAGCAGUCCCAUGACACCCCCCGGUGGGGAGGGGGCCUCCCCUUCCCCUUCGGAAGGUGGCCCUCCUCCUCCAGGUGGAGGUCCCAUGCCACCGGGUGCCUGCUAUUCGCAAUGUCCACCAGCACCCAUGAGUGGGCCGGCCUCACUGUUGUCGCAGCAGGGAGGUGUUGGAGGCAGCCCUCCCGUAACAGGUCCAGGUCAGGACGGAGGUGGUGGCGGCGGGGGGCGACCCCAACUUGCACCGCCACCUACGGUGCUGGAUGAGGGGAGCCAGGCAUCCAAUGCGUCCGCCUCGUCAUCACUUCCCGAGGAGCACCUGGGGCCGGGUGACAAGGGGGGCAGCAGCAAGCAGCCGCCCAUGUCGCACCCGCCUACGCCCAACACCCUUCCCUCUCCUGGCGGUGCCUCCAUGUCCUCCUUCCACGACGAGUUCGAGAGCGUCUCGAGCCCAAGCUGGCCACGGACACCAGCGAGCCCUGUUGUGAAUAGCCAAGUAUACGAGCAUCAUAUGAUAAAGCGGCCAGAUGGCCUCCUGAAACUGUACGACAUGUCGGAAGACCCCGAGCGAAGGGCCUUCCUGGACAAGCUGAUAGUGUACAACGACGAGCGUGGUACUCCCAUCACCCAGUGCCCAACCAUCAGCAAACAGCCCCUGGACUUGUUUCGCCUCUACCUCAUCGUCAAGGAUCGAGGUGGCUUCGUGGAAGUAACGAAGGCAAAGCAUUGGAAGGAUGUGGCUGGUGUGCUGGGCAUCGGGGCCUCCUCUAGUGCUGCGUACACCCUGCGUAAGCAGUACAUCAAGCAUCUGCUGCCGUUUGAGUGCAAGUUUGACCGAGGGGGCAUCGACCCUCAGCCCAUCAUCAGCCAGCUGGAGUCGGCCUCCCGAAAGAAGGCCAAGGGAACCAUGUCGCCUUCGGGUGCGAGUCAAGAUUAUGGGCCACCCGCCCAGACGAUGGAGAGCUACCCGAGCAGUGGAGGCUACCACCCAGGGGCACCCUACCCCCCAAGUGGUCCCCCCAGCAUGAUGGGGGCUUCCGAGUACCCGUGUCCGCCUGGCUACCCACCUUCAAACCAUGUGGGUGGUGGCUGUGAGCCGGACGGCUACCCUCCUUCCGAGGAAGGGCCCUACCCUGGGGAGGGGUACCCUCCUCCACAUGGCUACCCUCAGGCGCCCCCCUACGCGGCAGCCAGCCAGGCCAGCCUAAGUGGGGGCUCCUGCGGCUAUGCAGGGCCUGGUGGUGAUCAGUAUGGGCCUGCUGCCCCUGAAGGCUACCCCCAUGAGGGGGGCUACAAUGGCAGGGACCCCUACAGCAGCAGCGGCUAUCCCAUGCGGCCGCAGUCAGGGGCACCACCCUACCCACCCCAGUACCAGGGAAGCCACUACGACAGGGAAAGGUACGAGCAGCAGCAGCAACAGCAAGCACAGCAGCAGCAGCAGCAACAGCAGCAACAGCCACAGCAGCAGCCGCAGCAGCAACAGGGGGCGUCUGGGGGUGCCCCACCAUCGUCCCAACCGGGUGCGACGGCAGCGCCCCCACGGCCCCAGCCACCCCAGUCAUCCCAGAUGGGCGCGGGACCUCCGAGUGCCACGGAGCCUCUGUACCAGUACGGCUCCUCCGCAGCAGCCACAGGUCCCACCCCCCCAUCACAGGCAGUAGCAGCAGCGGCAGCAGCAGGCAGCUACCAGAGCAGGCCCUACCCACCUGGCCCACCAACCACGCCGGGCCAGGCACCACCUUACUCCACACCACCGACCCAGGGGGUUGCCCCGCCACCACCUCCCCAGGGGAGCACCCCAGAGCCCUACCCUCCAACCAGGGUCCCCCCAGAACAGGCCUACCAGAUGGCCCGAGGUCCAACCCCUUUACCCCCAAGAUCAAUACCCAAGGCUCCUCCUGCACCCCCUCAUCCUCCUCCUCCACAAAUGUACCCUGGAGGUGGGCAGCAAGUGUACCCGGGGGCCGUCACGCCUCCGCAGGGUCAAGGGGGGCAGCCACCACCUACGGCGAGCAAACCUGGGCCAUACCCGCAGCAGUCUUCCGUGCAGCGCGAUGCCCCUUACCCCAAGCGUCAUCCGGACUUCAUGAAGCCCCAGGAGCCUUAUCCGCCCCCACCACCGCACAUGGGUGCCGGGCCCCCCUACGUGCCAACCCAGCAGGCACAACCACCGGCCACGCAGCAGUACCCAGACCGCAGCCAGUACCCUUACCGGCCGCCUCACAUGAUGACGCCACCUCCUUCCUCUAUGCCACAGCAAGGCUGGGGACGUGGAGCAGCUGAGAGCCAAUACCGCGGUUACCCAAGCAACGCUUACCCCCCCCACUCGGGGGCCCCCCCUGAGCGAUGGGAGGGGCCCCGAAUCGGAGAUGGAGCGCCCCCUACGGGGGCAUGGGGAAUGUCAAGGGGAGCACCGCCAGCACAGGGGGAGCCCUACCCACCACAGGGUCCCAUGAUAGGCACAGGGGGUCCCCAGGUGAAUGCCAUGGGCCACCACAAAAUGGCUGCUGCCUACGCUAGGGACCGAGCGUACCCGCCUGCCGGAAAGAUGCCGCCGGGUGGCCCCUAUGGGUCAGCACCGCCCUCCCGCAAGGAGGUGGUGUUUCCGCCGGACAGUGUGGAGGCGGUAAUGCCCGUUGCGACCAAGCGCCGGCGGCUCUACGCCAAGGAUGUGAGCCCCCUGGAGGCGUGGCGCCUCAUGAUGUGCCUCAAGUCCGGCCUGCUGGCAGAGAGCACCUGGGCCCUGGACGUGCUGUCCGUGCUGCUGUAUGACGACUCGACCGUGCUCUACUUUGGCCUGUCCCACCUGCCGGGCCUCCUGGAGACACUAAUGGAGCACUUCCGUCGGUGCCUGUCACUGGUCUUCAGCACCUGUGAUGACCUGGAGCUGGGCUACGAGUCCAAGGCCGAGAAGGAGGAGGUGUCCGAGCCAGAGCGGCCUUGGUACCUGCUCGACAGAGAUGCCCCGGUGAAAGACCCACUCGAAGGCCUUAUUGUACCCACCCAGAUUGACAUCUGCGACCGCAUGUCUGUGUUGACGGGGCCCAGUUUCACUUGGCGGACACGGUGUGGCAAGGCAGUGCGUACCCGUCCCGAUGACGAUGGUUCACUACAUGUUGUCGACGGGGAGAAGCGCUGGGAUGUGCACGAGGGCUUCACUGCCUCACCCGAGCACUGGCAGUUAGGGGGCGGCGAGAUUACAGCACACAUCCAGACGUGCUUUGAGAGUGACACGAACAAUGUGCGUUUUGUGCGGCUGUUGACACCAUCAAAGAAGAACGUCGAACGCAAGGUCAAUACUUCACCACAGAAGUUGGUAGCAGCAACAACAACAACAACAAAUCAGGACGAGCCCCGCUCCAAGCUGUCGGAGCUCCUAGCCAAGCAGAAGGCAGCCAACUGCAAGCGAGAUCCUGUGGUGCUGAUCGAGGACAUCCGAGCGAAGAUAAAAUUGGAAGCUGGCAGGGUGGACCAUAUCAAGCAGGAGGUGAAGGAAGAACGGCAUUCGAAUGACAGGAAGCGAGAGGAGGAGAAGGAAGAGGCUUCCAAGAAUGUAGAGCACAACAAACCAGAGGCAGAAGUGGUCCAGGAGAGCGAGACAAAACCAGAGGAGGCGACGACGACACCCGAGGCUGUUGAGAGUGAGAAGGAAGAGGAGGUGGUGCUCAGUAAAGAGGGUGAUAGUGAGUGUCGGACCGAGGAGAAGGUGUUUCCACGGCUUCGGGAUGAGCGACCGCGAAAACGGCCUCUUCCGGAAUCUUUGGAGGAGGAAGCAUACUGUCGUGACGAACCUUCACUGUGUGUGGUGUCUGAGGCCCGGGAGGCCUUAGGGCGCCGAUGUGUGUGUAUCUCGACGCUAUUGCGCAACCUGUCAUUUGUGCCCGGCAAUGACGCCGAGAUGUCCAAACAUGCGGGUCUUUUGGUGGUGCUGGGGCGUCUCUUGCUACUACGACACUGGCAUGCCCCCCGGCGGGGUGCACCACGCCACUUUGACCAGGAGGAGAAUGCCCUGGAUGACCACUGCAGUUCGCUGCUAGCGGAGCGCGAGUGGUGGUGGGACUGGUUGCAGGCACUGCGCGAGAACACCCUCGUGUGCCUGGCCAACAUGGCAGGACAGCUGACGCUUGCGCCCUUUCCCGAGGAGAUAUCAUUGCCCUUGCUGGAUGGGCUACUCCACUGGGCGACGUGCGGAUCGGCCUGUGCACGGGACCCACUGCCUCAGAGUACCCUCAGCCCCCAGCGACUCGCCCUGGAAGCCCUGUGCAAGCUGUCGGUGCAGGAGUCCAACGUAGACCUGCUUCUUGCCACGCCCCCUUGGAGCCGGACUGAGGCUCUCCUCGGACAGCUGGCCCGAUGGCUGGGCCGUGGACAGGACCAGGUGCUUCGCGAGCUAGCUUUGGUGCUGCUUUCGAACGUGGCGCCAGCAGGAAGCGGUGCAGCGCGUGCGGUGGCACUACAGGGACCGUGCCUCGCCCACCUGUUGGCCUUUGUCGAACAGGCUGAGCAGAGUGCCCUGCAGGUGGCCAACGCGCAGGGAGUGGCAGCGCUACGUGACAACCCCGAGCUGAUGGGCACCACCCUGGACAUGGUGCGGCGCGCAGCUGCGACCCUGCGCUGCCUUGCCAGGGUGCCCGACAACCGGCCCCUCUUCUUGCAGCUGCAGCCACGCCUUCUCGCCCUGGUCAUGUCCCAGAUCCUGGACCAGGGUGUUGCGGCCAUCCUGGCUGACGUGCUCUUUGAGUGCUCACAGCAGGUGCCGCCCUCCUCCUCGUCCCAGUCGGCAGCGGUCCCCUCCUAGGAUAGUGUGACCACCCCUCUAUCUUUCUCCCCACCCCAACCACCCGCUAUUUAUUAUUGUUUCGACGACCCCCCGCUGUAGAUAGGCCCCCACUGGGUUGAUGACGACCCUCCUUCCCCUGCUCUAGCUCGUGGACUGUUGUGGGCCAGAGGGGAGCAACCCGUUCUCCCGUCGUGGUGAUAAACUUGUACAGACAUGCUGCUCUCUCGCCCACCCUCCUUGCUGCCGGCCUGGCGCGCACACACACCUCCUCUCCCUAGGGGACGGGGGCAGCCGCUCAUUUCAAGAAGAAACAAGGGGGUGGUGGCGGUGACAGGCGGCCCCCCUUGGCCCGGGACGGACAGACGUACAAACGGACUGGCUCGUGUCGAUCUGAUGAUUAUGUGUGUGUGUAGGGUCUCUUUCUUUUAUUUUUUUUUUGCGAGUGCAGCAAGCAACAUCAUCCUGUUUUUUUUUCUUGUUUUUUUUUUCCUCGUCAUUUGAUAUGGUAUGAAGUGCGUGUGUGUAAGUGUGUGUGCGUGUGUGCCGAGCUUUAUACCUUGUACAUGUCUGACAAAAUGAGUGAGCUGCAAAUAAAUGUACAGGUGAGAAUUCUCUUUUCCCCCCUUGAAGAAAACUGAUCCCUCGGGGUUCAUGGCACUUGUUCUGAAGAGAAAAAAAGGCGGCUGUGUAAUUUUUUUAAAAAAGCAGUUUUCUUUUGCGGUAGAGGUUGGUGCUUGGCAUUUGAACAGUACUUUUUGUUUUACUUUAUUUUAGGUAACUCUGUCGCCCGGUAAAUAAAUUCCUACUGUUUACUUGCAACGUGUUGUAUUUACUAGUCAAAUGAAUCAUUGCCACAAAGCUAGUAAUGAUAAUUGUUUUCUUUCUUUUUUUUCUUUCCUUUAUUUUAUUACUUUUUUUUUUUGAACGACGUGGGGGAGGGGACUUCUUGACUUGUUUUAGGGCUCCUCCUGUGCUUAAAUUUUUGCUCUCUAGGAGAGUCUGCCAUAGUUCUUGCAUUUGGAGGUUGCAGCAGGGGCAGUGUUGUUAUCAAAUGGACUUCUUCGAAUUUUUUUUUUUUAAUUCUUCAUUCUGCUUUCCAGCAGCCAUUGUUGUUGCCCCUUGUCAUGCGUCAAUUUUUUUUUUUCUCCAUGUUCGCUCGCUCUCGUCUCCAUUCAUUCCUAGAGUGCCGCACACGGUGGCAAGAACAAAAGCACAAUGGUACUUACGCCAAAAAUCCAAAGUGAGGAUGGCCACAGGACUUUUGACUUUUUUUUUUUUCCUUAAGAUUCUUCUGUGAGACGCGAGAACUGGGAGGGGGCUGAAAGGACAGCUUUGUCUGCAAUGCGGAGUUUUUGUACUUCUGUGUCCAGAGUAUUCCAGGGCUUGGUCAAGUUUUUCUUUAUUGUGGGGAUGAAGUUGUACAAAAUGUAUGGAAAACUUGUAAAAUAAAAAAUGACUUCAAAAAUGUG